UCGGUUGGCUCCCUGGUCUCGGCGUUAACUUGUUCAAUAUUCCAAGAUACUCCCCAGAUUUCCAAGCAAUCUCGGCUUGUAGGCUUCUUCAUCCUUCAUCUCCAUUCUGCUUUUUGGCUUGGCGCAACCCGAUUUAGAAUUGCUUUGACUGAAUAAUUCUCCUGAAAAUUUCGUCUACGAAGGUUAUUUUCGUUCCUUGAUUUCCUUGUUCAUGCUUUAAUUCUUCUCUGGGUUAUUCAUUAAAAACCCUAAUUCCUUGACUUUGCGAACUUCUCUUUUUACGUCUAGUCGAUGACAGCCUCCGAAGGUAAAGUUACGUACUCCUCACUAUCGAAUGUAGAAAAGGGGAGCUCUCAAUUCUACUAUGAUGGCAAUAAUCACUAUGUUGAGUCCACUUGGAAUGCGCCAAAAUCUGGUACGAGCAGCUCUAAGUCUUCCAGGCAAGAGUAUCUUUACCAGUUCCCCUCUGAAAGCGAGGAUUUAUAUGAUGGAGGUUAUGAAUCAAGUGAUGAUCCUUGUAGUAUUGAACGCCCUAACAUGCCUCCAGAGGUGAACCUGAAGAAUGUGCUUGGUGGGAUCAUUGCUAUUUUGACUGGACGAAAUAGAGGUCCAAGUAUCACCUCAAAUGAGCAAUUCUCAAUUUCAAAUGUCUCGUUUCUUGGCUCUGGAAAGAAUGGAGAUACUGUGCUGCACUCUUCAGUCUACACGCCAAGUGCACCACCUCUUUUUGAGCCAAAUGGGAUUAAUUAUAGUGCCUACAAAGAGGUGUUGGAAGCUGAACCCCCUGAGUGGCUCCCAGAUAGUUCUGCUACUGUUUGUAUGCAAUGUACUGCUCCAUUUACUGCACUUACUCGCGGCAGACAUCAUUGCCGGUUUUGUGGGGGUAUUUUCUGUCGAAAUUGUUCAAAGGGGCGGUGUUUAUUACCAGUUAAGUUUAGGGAAAGGAAUCCACAGAGGGUGUGCGAUGCCUGCUAUGACAGGCUUGAUCCUUUACAGGGUGUUCUUGUCAACAGCAUUAGCAACGCUGUGCAGGUAGCAAAGCAUGAUGUGAUGGACUGGACUUGUGCUAGAGGGUGGCUCAAUCUCCCUAUUGGUUUGUCUAUGGAGCAUGAUAUAUAUAAAGCAUCAAAUGCAUUGAGAAGCUACUGUCAGGUAGCAAGAUCUAAUCCUGAGAGGUCUAUUCCCUUGGCCAUUCUUAGAGAAGCCAAGGGCUUAGCAAUUUUAACUGUUGCCAAAGCUGGUGCAUUGCUCUCUUACAAACUUGGCACUGGUCUUGUUGUUGCUCGGAGAUCAGAUGGAUCCUGGUCUGCACCAUCAGCCAUAUUCUCCUUGGGUUUAGGAUGGGGUGCUCAGAUUGGUGGUGAACUCAUGGAUUUUAUAAUUGUGCUUCAUGAUAUGAAAGCCGUGAAGACAUUCUGCAGUCGCAUGCACUUUUCUUUUGGUGCUGGUUGCAGUGCUGCUGCAGGGCCUCUUGGAAGGGUGCUUGAAGCAGAUAUUCGUGCUGGCGACAGAGGUUCUGGAAUGUGUUACACCUACAGUUGCAGUAAAGGUGCGUUCGUGGGAGUGUCCUUGGAAGGUAAUAUUGUGGCAACCAGAAUGGAGGCCAACCUGCGCUUUUAUGGCGAUCCUUAUCUCACUACGUCUGAUAUUCUACUUGGGUUGGUGGCCAGACCGAGGGCAGCUGAACCAUUGUACGCCUCUCUUCAAGACUUAUAUUCCAGUUUGAGUUAUUAGGUCUUCUUCCAGUUGCAUGCGGCAUCAGUCAUGCUGUCAACAUGUGAAUAAGCAUCCAAAAUUUCUGGCUCCUCUGUAUGACGAUGUCACAUUCAUCGAGUCCUGAAGGGCAGUUUCGUUUACUAAUUCAUUGUUUUUCGUACUUUUAUCUAUUGCGUCCUUUAGUCAUACCGUGAGGCAAGUAACCCUUCUCCCACAAAAGUCCUGGAUACAUGUAUAUGUCAGUUGCAAAUAAUGGUCCCUUUUUUCUCUUUAAAACCCUGUAAAAAUGUUCUUGGAUUUAGACUGUGCAUAGUAAAUGGAUCUGAUUUAAGUUA